AUGAGCGGCAAAGACGACGGAGGAGGAUCCGGCGCUGCGAAACCGGCGGAAACAACCCUCACCACGACGGCCGCAUCGUCUGUCGCGCAAACGUCUGGAAUCCAGAAUACGAAUGCGGUGACCAGCGGCGCGAAUGUUACCGCGCCGCAAAAGACGGAGAAAGCGGGGAAGCCGAUGACGACGAUGAUGAUGAGUUCGAAGAAUCCCCCGAAACAAAGCGAGGAGGACAUGAUUUCAGUCGCGCAAACUGCCCGGAAACAAAAAGAGGAGUGGGUGCGAACGAACAAAGACCGGGAAUCUAUGCACAGGUCGAGGACGAGGAGCGUCGAGGCGUACGAGAAGUUAGAGCAGGUAAGUGUUUUGGAUCCAAUUUUUGCGCGUCUUUGUCGUCUUCUUUGCCUUGUCUUCUCCUUCUUCGAGUUUGUUUUCGCUGACAAUCGCGUUCUCUUCAAUCCUUAUUCUUCUUUACUACUCAUAACACAGGUUGGAGAAGGCACGUACGGCAUGGUCUUCAUGGCGAAAGAGCGUUCAACGCACGAAAUCGUGGCGUUGAAAAAAGUCCGCAUGGACAACGAAAAGGAAGGUUUUCCCAUCACCGCGAUUCGCGAGAUUAAGAUUUUACAAAAGUUAAAGCAUAAAAACGUGGUGAAUUUGAAGGAGAUCGUGACUUCGAAAGCGCAGAAAGCGAACGAUAUGAAAGGAUCGAUAUAUCUCGUGUUUGAGUACAUGGACCACGAUUUAGCCGGUCUCGCCGAUAGACCAGGGAUGAAAUUUAGCGAAGAGCAGAUCAAAUGUUACAUGAAACAGUUGUUUCAAGGAUUGCAUUAUUGCCACGCGAAUAAUAUUUUGCAUCGGGAUAUUAAAGGGUCGAAUUUGUUGAUUAAUAACCGAGGGAUAUUAAAGCUGGCGGAUUUUGGUUUGGCGCGGUCGUAUACCGCGGAAGGCGCGAAUCCGUUGACGAAUAGAGUGAUUACGUUGUGGUACCGUCCGCCAGAGUUGUUGUUGGGGGCGAGAAAAUAUACACCAGCCGUGGACAUGUGGUCUGCGGGGUGUAUAUUUGCAGAAUUAGUCCACGGGAGACCGAUUAUGCCCGGGAAGAAUGAAAUGGACCAGUUGAAGUUGAUUUUCGAGUUGUGCGGAACGCCGACGCCGGAGACGUGGCCGGACUGCAAAAAUUUACCCGGGUCCAAGGUGGUGGAGUUCAACAAACAUCCGAGACGUUUGAGGGAGUUUUUUAGGCACGCUUCUCCGAACGCGUUAAAGUUGAUAGAGCAGUUACUGACGUUGGAUCCGGAGAAGCGCUUGACGGCGGAAAAAGCUAUGGAUUCCGAUUACAUGUGGGAUAAACCGUUGCCGUGCGAUCCGGCGAAACUGCCUCAGUAUGAACCGUCGCACGAGUUUCAAACGAAGAAAAGGAGAGAAGAGGCGAAACAGGAGGAGGUUAGAAAGCGACAAAGAAUGGAAAGUGGAACGACGGCGAACGUGGCGAGGCCGCAGCCGUUGAGUAAACAAGCGAGAAUGCCUGGACAAACGAGCGUUGGGGGUGGCGGAGGAAGCGGUGGCGGCGCUGGUGGCGGUAUGCCGAAAACUGCGUUUCCACAGUCGCAUCCUCACGGUGGUGGCAGAAGUAGCGGACAUCCCGCAAUGGCCAUGGGAUUUAAUCGCUCUGCUCCUCACCAAGGGUCAUAUUCGAGUGGGAGUAGUGGGAGUCACGGCGGGUACCGCGGCAGCGGCGCAAGCCACCGCGGCGGCUACGGCGGCGGCGCAGGCGGCGGCGGAUACAUCGGUGGCGGUGGAGGUAGAAGUUUCGGUGGUGGCGGAGGCAAAUACGGAGGUACCCAACGCGCGGCAUGGGCGGCAGCACCGGUGCCGCCGAAGCAGCCGCCGCCACCGGACCAAGAAAAGAAACAAUAG